AUGGCGCCUUCCCUCGAAGAACCGCCCACGACCGCCUCCGAAGGCGCCGCUGCGCUCGACGCACCCCUCAAAGCGGCACCCAAGCUCGUGGCGCCCGAGCCGGAACACUGCCCCGGGCCCGAAUCGCAAAACGCAGGCAAGGCCGACUCGUGCGCGGGAUGCCCGAACCAAGCCAUCUGCGCGUCGGCGCCCAAGGGACCGGACCCGGACAUACCCAUCAUCACAUCGCGGCUGGCCGGGGUGAAGCACAAGAUCCUGGUGCUGUCGGGCAAGGGCGGGGUGGGCAAGAGCACGAUGAGCGUGAUGCUGGCGCACGCGUUCGCGGCCAACGCCGACAGCGCGGUGGGGCUGAUGGACACGGACAUAUGCGGGCCGAGCAUCCCGAAGAUGAUGGGGGUCGAGGACGAGACGAUCCAUGUGACGAGCACGGGCAUGGAGCCGGUGUGGGUGGCGGACAACCUGGGCGUCAUGAGCGUGCAGUUCAUGCUGCCCAACCGCGACGACGCCGUCAUCUGGCGCGGGCCCAAGAAGAACGGGCUGAUCAAGACGUUUUUGAAGGACGUCGAGUGGGGCGAGUUGGAUUUCCUCAUCGUCGACACGCCGCCCGGCACGAGCGAUGAGCAUCUAAGCGUCAAUUCGUUCCUCAAGGAGGCGGGCGUGGAUGGCGCGGUGCUGGUCAGCACGCCGCAGGAGGUUAGUUUGCUUGACGUGAGGAAGGAGGUGGAUUUCUGCAGGAAGGCGGGCAUCAGGAUUCUGGGCAUCGUGGAGAACAUGAGCGGGUUCGUGUGCCCGAAUUGCAAGCACCAAAGCCAGAUUUUCAGGCCGUCGACGGGAGGAGCCAGGAAGAUGGCCGAGGAGCAGGGCAUCCCAUUUCUGGGCGCGGUACCGCUGGAUCCGAGGAUUGGCAUGGCGUGCGAUUAUGGAGAGAGUUUCCUCGACGCUUAUCCGGACAGCCCGGCCUGUAAGGGGAUCAGAGAAGUGGUGCGGAGGGUAGGAUGCGAGAUGGGCCUCGGAGCUGAUGAGGUGCUACCAGAGGACGAUUCUGAGUAG